AUGUCGCUCCCGUUGCCUCGAGGGAGCCUGUACCCGAACCACACCCACCCUGCGGCUCCCCUCAGUGGCUCGAACCGCCUCCCCGUCUCGCCGCGCCGGUCCGCCGCUCAACUUCCCCCACCCGCCUCCUCGACAGACUCGCCCUCGGCCGCCAGCACCAUGUCGUCGACGUUCCAGCGUCCCUUCCCCGUCCCUGCCUACCUCCGACAUGCCACCCUCUUCGCCGACCGCUUCGAGACCGUCCCCUCGACCGCCGACACCGCCGUCAACGACCUCGCCCGCAAGCCCGCCUCGCUCACCCGCGACGACAAGGGCAAAGGCCGCGCCUCGACUGACAACACCCACAUCCCGCUCCCGACGUGCUGGGACGAGGCCGACCGCUGCGCCCUCCUCGAGCUCACUUCGGACGGGCUCGGCGUCUCGUUCGCGGGCUCGGCCAAGUACGGCGACCGCGACGCCGCCGCCGUGCGCGCCAACCGGCCCGUCCCGCCCCAGGCCGGCGUCUACUACUACGAGGUGCAGGUCCUCGACCGCGGCCUGUCCGGGUACAUCGGCAUCGGCCUGAGCGACCGCAGCGUCCCGCUCGGCCGGCUCCCCGGCUGGGAGGACAAGUCGUACGGCUACCACGCCGACGACGGCCGCGCGUUCUGCGCCCAGGGCAACGGCGAGGCGUUUGCCGAGACGUGGACCACGGGCGACACGGUCGGGUGCGGGAUCGACUGGACGGGCGCAGGGCCGCCGCGAGGCGAGCGCGAGCGCGCGCCGCGGCAGCUCGGGCGGGGCAAGGACAAGGACGGCGACAAGGGCGGCGGGCGCGUCUUCUUCACCAAGAACGGCGAGUUCCUCGGUUACGCCUUCUGCGGCCUUCAGGGCAAGCUGUACCCGACUGUCGGCCUGCGCACGCCCAAUGAGGCCGUCCGGGUCAACUUUGGCGCCGUGCCGUUCAAGUUCGACAUCGAGGGGCUCGUCCUCGAGCGCAAGCGUGCCGUCCUCGCUCGCCUCGCCAGCACCGACCCUUCCCCAUCUUCCUUCCUUCCCUCGCCCUCGCCCUCGAUCCCUGCCCUCCUCCCUACUUGUCCCGCCGAGCGCACCCACGAGACGCUCCAGUCGCUCGUCUCGUCGUACCUCGUCCACCACGGCUACGCCGGCACCGCCGCGUCGUUCGAGGCCCAGGUCCGCGCCGAGCGCAUCGAGCGUGCGCAGGGCCUCGGGCCCGGCCGAGCAGCGCCUCCUCCCGUCGUUGAUGACGCAGAACGCGCGACCGACGGCGUAUUCGCGAGCGCCGCCGAGUCGUCAGCCGUACGGGCCGACAUCCGGUCGGCGGCGCUCGCCGGCCGCAUCGACGACGUCGUCGCCCUCCUCGACGCGUACUACCACGACGCGAUCCUCGAGGGCCUCACAGACGACCCGCACGGCGGCCUCUUCUUCCGCCUACGUUGUCGCGCCUUCAUCGAGGCCGCGCUCGCACUCAGCCGCGCCGGUCGCGACCCCGCCGGCGCAUCCUCGUCCCCCUCGGCGGCGGGCGCCGGCGACCUCGACGCGCUCCUCGAUCGCGGCCAGCUGCUGCACAAAGCGUACUCGACCGACGUGCGGCCGGCCGUGCGAGAAGAGCUGCAGGCCGUGCUCGGCCUCGUCGCGUACAGCGACCCGGAGCGCGAGGCGAGCGGGAGGACGCUCGAGCUCCUGAGCGACAAGGAGCGCGACAAGGUGGCCGACGAGGUGAAUGCGGCGGUACUGCGUGCCGCCGGCCUCCCGCCCGUCCCCGCCCUCGAGGCGCUCUACCGCCAAGCGUGCGCGACGGUGCGGCUCGCAGGUGACGUCGGCUGCGGCGCGGCGGCCAUGGUGGACGUGCCGAGCGAGGUGACGGGCGGCGGGCUCUCGUGAGCGAGGUGGGAGGGACGGCUCGGUUUGCUCUCGAGGCAUGGGUCUUGUUGUUAUCCUUUCUUGUGCACUAU